AUGCUGCACAUCUUACUUAGAAACGGCACUUAUUUUUCUCUUAUUGGCUGCUUCACUCAGUUUUUCCUAUUUGGGGUGUUUCUAGCUACAGAAAAUUUCCUCCUCUCAGCAAUGUCCUAUGAUAGAUUUCUGGCGAUCUGCAAACCUCUUCACUACACACUGAUUAUGGGUCCCGGGUUGUGUAUUUGUCUGAUCCUUGCCUGCUGGGCUUUGUCAAUCCUUCUUAUUUCCAUUGGUUUUAGUUUUGUAAUAAGUUUGAAUUUUUGUAGAGACAAUAUUAUUGACCAUUUCUAUUGUGACGUUCUUCCAAUAUUGAAGCUUUCUUUUGUAAUGAUUGUGUCUUCCUUUUCAUCUGCAACUGCUAUGCUCCCUCUCCUUGUAAUCAUAUCUACCUAUGGGUUCAUCAUCAGAGCCAUCACCAGGAUCUCAUCAUCCAAGGGAAAAAAGAAAGCUUUCUCCACCUGUAGUUCCCCACCUGGGAGUCGUCUCUACAUAUUAUUCCACCAUGAUUUUGGUCUAUAUGAUUCCAUCUGGUCAUUCUGUGACAAUGAGCAAAGUUCUAUCUCUGCUCUAUACGGUGGUCACCCCACUAUUGAACCCCUUUAUUUACACCCUCAGAAAUCAAGAGAUCAAUGCAGCUGUAAGACAAAUCUUGCCAUCCACAACCAGGCCCUAAAAAUUGUUAGUCUAUUAGAAGGUAAUUUGGACCAAACCUUAUUUAAAUUGGUUUUAAAUCAUUACAUUACAUUAUUACAUUACAUUACAUCGAGUUUAUAUAGCGCCAAAGGGUUUGCUCAGCGCUGUACAAUAGAGGGGGGGGGACAAUACAUGAAACAGUACAGCAACUACAAACAGCACACGAGGGGUUAUAGGGCCCUACUCUUUCGAGCUUACAAUCUAGGAGGGAAGGGGUAG